AUGGCUACCAAUCCUUCUCAAUUCCGUCCCGUUGUGAUCAGUGGCCCUUCCGGUUGCGGCAAAUCGACUCUGCUUAAGCGCCUGUUUGCUGAGUAUCCUGACCGAUUCGGAUUCAGUGUCUCAAACACAACUCGUGCACCCCGCGCGGGUGAGGUCGAUGGAAAAGACUACAACUUCGUCACCAAGGAAGCAUUCCUCGAGCUAGUCGCCCAGAACGGCUUUAUCGAGCACGCCCAAUUCGGCAGCAACUUCUACGGAACCUCCAAACAAGCCGUCAAAGACGUUGCCGAGAAGCAGCGCAUUUGCGUCCUCGACAUCGAAAUGGAAGGCGUCAAGCAAGUCAAGAACAGCGAUCUGAACGCUCGAUUCCUCUUCCUUGCUCCUCCUUCCAUGGAGGAGCUGGAACGUCGACUGCGUUCCCGGGGUACCGAGACUGAAGAUAGUUUGCGCCAACGCCUAGACCAGGCUGUUAAUGAGUUGGAGUUUGCUAAGCAGCCCGGAGCGCACGAUAAGAUUGUUGUGAAUGAUGAUUUGGAGAAAGCGUAUACGGAGCUGCGGGACUGGGUGGUAGACGGUGGUCGAUUUGGUGCUGCGCAAUAG